AUGAAGGAUCAUCAAGUGUCUGUUGUGGCUGAUUUUUUAAAGAAGAAACAAAAGGAAAGAAACAACAAGCAUCAAUCGGUGAUGGAAGAAGAACCACACCACGACAGGCGAUCCUUCUCCUCUUACGAUGGUGAUGAUGCUGCAUUUGAUAUUGGAUUAAUUUUUUCAAUACCUUUCUCUCAGAAGAGUUCCGAAGAAGAGGAAGAUUCUAAUCAGUCUUCCUCAUCAUCAAUAAUAUUGGUUCAUCAUGUAUCGCUAAUUUCCACGUUGGAGGAAAAAGCCAAGAAUGGAGGUUUUUCAAAUCUUUCAUCGGAAUGGUUUCAUCAACAAAUUCAAAUCGUGCAACAAUCUCUGCUUUCGAGUGUGAAUAUUUCUGGAAUGUAUUUACGAGAUUAUUCCUAUUCUGUAAAGGACAGACUUAAUGAUGUGAUUGCUCUCUAUAUGAGAUCUAUUGAGUCACUACAACCCAUUGAUGCCACAAAUCCUGUUUAUUUUAUUAAUUUAUUGAAAGAGGGACAAGACGUUUAUCUUUUCGAGAAGGGAAAAUUCAGGCAAGACAUGAAUGUUAUUUUGAGAGAAACCUCAGAAGCAAGAAAACUCUCAGAAUAUUCAUGUGUGUUACCUUAUUACAAAAAGUUGAGAGCUUCAAAAAACAUUGAUGCAUUAUUAGAUGAAAUUGAAAAUCAAUUAGAAAAUUCUCUUGAAAAUGAUUAUAUUUGGAAAAUUAACAAAACAACCAAGAGAAUUGAAUGCUUCCUCAAAACGAGAAUGGAGCCAAAAUUACCAGAGAUCAACCAAGAGGGUGAUAUGAUUGAAAUUGUCUUGUGUGGUACAAUUAGUGGAAUGGUGCUCACUUUAGAUGACUUUUCAUAUAGUCAUGAAGAUCUUAUCAAAGAAAUCAAAAAAGAUAUAGUUCAAGGAAUAACAACAAGAAUUGCCUUUGAUGAUCAACUUUCCAAAGGAAUUUCAAAUAAUUCUGUUAUCAACAGAAAUCUUUUAAAACGGUUUUAUAUCCAUGACUCCGCCACAAAUAUUAUUUAUUGUGAUUAUAGUGAAGAUGUUGACUCGAUAGGCAUCAUUGAGGUUAUUCCAUCACUUAUAGACCAGGUACACGCAUAUGUCGUGGAUGUGGAGGGUAAUACAUUCUCAAAAAAGAAGCUAUAUGACGAAUCUUCCAAAGGAAAGGUCACUGAAGCUAAGGAAUCAAAGGAAGGAAAGACUACUUCAGAGACUUCUUCAUCUACGAGUAGCAGCAGUGAAGGAAUGUUUGCAUGGUUUUUUGCUUUCAUUGCAUUCCUAUUGAGCUUAUUAGGAAUCAAGAAGCAAGUACAAUCAUCCUCAAAUUAA